AUGGCGCUACCCAAGAGAAUCAUCAAAGAGACGGAGAGAUUGAUGGCCGAGCCGGUCCCUGGCAUCAGCGCUGUGCCCCAUGAGGACAAUCUACGAUACUUCGACGUCAGCAUACAUGGUCCUUCUCAGUCGCCAUAUGAAGCAGGUGGAAUCUUCAAACUCGAGCUCUUCCUUCCGGAUGAUUAUCCAAUGACCCCGCCUAAGAUUCGAUUUCUCACCAAGAUCUACCACCCCAAUAUCGACAAGCUCGGUCGCAUCUGCUUAGAUGUCUUGAAAAGUAACUGGUCUCCGGCACUCCAAAUUAGAACCAUUCUUCUUUCCAUACAAGCACUGCUAGGCGCACCAAAUCCGGACGACCCACUAGCCAAUGACGUUGCUCAGCGAUGGAAGGAGGACGAGCCGGCCGCUAUUCAGACUGCUCGGGAGUGGACCAGGACUCACGCUAUGGCCUGA